UGCAUUGCGGAACAAAGUGUAGCAACUUUAUAAACACAACAGUUAGCUGCUAGCUGAUGCUAACUGUCGGCAUUAUAGUGAAAACAACUGAUUCUUUUUAAAACAAUUUCACAGAUACAACGCUGAAUUUGAGCGGCACGUAAGUGUCUGAUGCAGGGUGAUGAUGACCCGGAGCCAACGUUAGCCACAGUCCGUAAAAGAUGCGUCGUUUGGGGCUUUUUAUUAACCGUCGACGGUCAUGAAGAUGGAAUCGGACAGUGAACAGUUCUGUUCCGUGGAAGUGGCUCUGGAGGAUGAAGACUUUGACACCCUUCCCUCAGUGAAUGUAGCUGCUAUUAAUAGCAUCCUGGAAGGUGCACAGGGAGCUCCAGUAGAACAAAUAACAGAUGAAGAGGCGACAGAUGAUCGCCCUGUUAAACGUAGACGGAAACGCAGCUUGAUUUGGAGGCACUACGAGGAGAUGGACAGUUCUUCUUCUGCUCGUUGCCGCAUUUGCAUGAAGUUACAGAGCUUUGAAGGAGGCAGCACAAGCAACCUGCUUCGGCACAUUUCAAAGAGACACCCGGAGGUGUUUUCUCAGCUCGUAGCAGACAGGCAGCAAUCAUCACGGAGCUCAAAUGCUAAUAGUGAUACAUCGACACUUCCAGAGACCAUAGGGGCGACAGAGAAGCAGAGAAAGUUUUCUGCUCUGGAGAACGGAGACUCUGACACCCUUAAUGAAGCUGGUAUUAAUUCUGCUAUUAAUGGCAUCCUGGAAGCAGCUGAACAAAUAACACAUGAAGAGGCAUGUGACGACCGCCCUGUAAAAUAUAGACGGAAUAAACGCAGCUUGAUUUGGAGGCACUACGAGCAUCUGGACAGUUUGGCUGCUGCUCGUUGCCGCAUUUGCAUGAAGAAGUUACAGUGCUUUGAAGGCGGCAGCACCAGCAACCUGCAUCGGCACUUGUCGAAGAGACACCCUGUGGUGUUUUCUCAACUAGUAGCAGAUGGGAAGCAGCCCCCACCAUCCCGCUCAUCACAGAGCUUAAAUGGUAAUGGUGACACAUCGACACCCCCAAAGACCGUUGGGGCGACAGAGAAGCAGAGACAGUUUUCUGGUUCAUCGAAGGUUUCAAAAGCGCCUGCUGGAGAAAACCGUGUGUUUAGGAGAGAAUGGGAGCUGAUAGAAGCUCUGAGGAGAGCGCAGAGAGAGGAGGCUCGGGCUCUGGAGCAUCAGAGGGAGCUGCUUGAGAAGCUGCGUGCAGUGAAUGCCAGGGAAGCAGCUGCAGACCGGGAGGAGAUCGAGUCACUGAGGAAAGCACAGCUGGAGGAAGCCAAAGACUUGAGUAGACAGAGAGAAGAGGUGCAGAAGGAAAAGACAGAGCUGCAGAGGAAAGAGAAAGAGCUUCAGCAGGAAAGAGAAGAGCUUGUCUCGUUUUCCAGAGGACAGCAAGCCUCCUGAUUCUGUUACUACAGGACUCUCGUGUUGCAUAUGAUCGUGUAAAAAUGUAAACUCCCCUUUUAGUAAAAUUAAUUUUUGCAAACAAUCAA